ACCCUUUCAGAAUUGAAUCUCCCAAUCCCAAAGACCUAAAGAAGAAGAAGUUCAAACCCAACCAAUCUCAAUGGCGUCCGCGAGAGCUUUGUCUAGGCUCUCAUGUCGAUUAAAGUCUCUAACUAUCAACACCAACAAGAGAUCACUGCUCUCCGAGCUCUCUUCCCCCAAAUUGACACGCAUUCCUCGAAUUUCAAGAGUACCAUUGGAAUUGAGUUCAAUGAUGCCGUUGCACAGUGCAGUGGCUUCAGCACGAUUAAUAUCAAGCUUAUCCAUAGAUUCUCAGCAAUGGGGUUUGGUUCCUCAAGGAAUUUCAAUGCCUUUAUGACAAUCUUCCUGCUGUGAGUUAUCGUCUGAUUUGCAGGGCUCAAUAUUGACAAUUUGUUUCAAAAUACUCGAUACUUAAUAGGUUUAUCUGGGAUCAGUAUCUGUUGCUCAUCAUUUUCAUUUCUGAAUUUUUGUAUUGGCCUCAUAAUGUGUUUUUUUUUUCUUUCUCUCAAUCAAUUUUGAGGACCCUUUACCUUUAUCAUUGAUAAAAAAAAGGCCAUAAAAAGUGCUCAAAGAUGUAGUGUUUA